AUGGCUUUAGAUUCAAGUUCAGAGGAAAGUCUUGUGCGUCCUAUGUCAGAUGAGAUAAACGUUUCCAAGGAGGGAGAAAGUAAACCGGAAUCGUGGUCAAGGGAUUCGAGUUCAUAUCACUGGAGCUCAAGCAGAGUCAAGGAAUAUAUUGCGAAACAAGAAGCAGAUCCUGCGUUCCAAAGGUUAGGUAAGCAGCUUGCGAGAUGUAUUCCAACCGCAUGGCUCAACGGAGGUAACAUACAUGAGAAUGACCAUGACCAAGAACAGUUCCAUAAAUCAGUGAGGCAGGUCUUGGAAAGCCCUGAUUUUUUGACACACAUGGAGCACAGUAAUAACCUCCGUGCGCAGGAUCCUAAUACUCUCAGGAACAAUAGACCAGCAGAUACUUUUAUUGAGCGUAUGGCGGCGCAAAUCGAAGAAGAUCCAGAAUUGAAGACCAUGAGAGCUGAGAUUGACGCUCGUGGUCUCUCUGCUGUGAUGAAGGACUUGGAUGGAUAG